AUGAACAAAGAACAGUCGUCAGAGAAGCAUGAUGACUCAAGUCGCACAAUAACAACAAUUUCACUUGGUCACGACUCCAUUGUCCCUUCCACUGACUUGUCAGACAAGGCGCUGUCUAAAAAUGACCCAGUCGAUAACGGACCGGUAACCUCAGACACCGAGCAAGCUCAACCACUAGCACCAACAGAAGUUGAUGGUGGUUAUGGCUGGGUCUGUGUGGUGUGUGUCUUUUUGGUCAAUGCCCAUACUUGGGGCAUCAACAGUGCCUACGGUGUUUUCUUGGCCCAUUAUUUGGACACGAACACAUUCCCAGGUGCAUCAGACCUCGACUAUGCCUUUGUCGGAGGCCUCUCUCUCAGUAUGGCACAAUUCAUCGCGCCGGUCGCAACAAUCACAACCCGAGUAUGGGGGACAAGGGCUACCUUGAUGAUUGGUAUUACAUUGCAGACCGCGGCACUAUUAGGAGCGUCGUGGGCGGGUCAGAUUUGGCAGUUGUUUCUCAGUCAAGCUCUGUGUUUCGGAUUUGGAAUGGGAAUGCAAUUCAGUGCUACUGUUGGCAUCAUUCCUCAGUGGUUUACCCGCCGUCGUUCUCUUGCGAAUGGUAUUGCAACGGCGGGAUCAGGAAUUGGAGGCCUUAUCUACUCGUUAGCUACAAGUGCCAUGAUCCAGAAUUUGGGCAUUGGAUGGGCUUUCCGUAUCCUGGCGAUUGUCUCCGCUGCUGCGUGCGGCUUCUCUGCUAUCAUUGUGAAGGAUCGAAACAAAGCCAUUGGAGCUGUUCAAAUCGCCUUCCAUACCGAGCUUUUGAAAAGACCAGAAUUCCUGCUCACUUUGGCCUGGGGUUGUUUUAGCGUGCUGGGCUACGUGGCCCUUCUGUUCUCCAUCCCCGACUACGCAAGCACUGUAGGCCUGACAGCAUCUCAAGGCUCGAUUCUUGGUGCCAUGUUCAACCUUGGAGGAGGCCUUGGACGACCUGUUAUAGGGUACGUCAGCGAUAGCUUUGGACGGCUGAACACCGCUCUCGCUUGUACAUUUCUGGCGGGCCUGUUUUCUCUCGUCAUCUGGAUCUUUGCCAAAAAUUUCGGGGUCCUUAUCUUCUACGCUCUGAUUAGCGGCCCGGUUGCUGCAACCUUCACGACUACUGUAGCUCCAGUAGGUGCAGAGGUUGUGGGUUUACAGCUCUUACCAUCUGCUUUGUCGAUCUUCUGGCUUUCGGUGGUCAUCCCGAGCACAUUUGCUGAACCGAUUGCCCUUUGGCUACGAACUGAUAACGAAACCAACUUUCUGCAUGCCCAAGUGUUUGUCGGUUUCAUGUUCAUGGCAGCAUGCAUUUGUCUCUGGCUUGUACGAGCGUGGAAGGUAGCAGAGUUGGAAAAUGCUGCCCCUGACAGCGAUCCUCUAAAAGGUGAAGUCCAAAGUAGGGACAACGAUGCCGUGCUCCAAGGGCCCGUGGCCAGAACAACGAGCAGAGUACCCAGUAUGACGAGUAAGGCGAAGAUCGUGAGAAGAUUGUUCACGAUGGCGAGGGUAUAA